CCAUGACGUCACUAUCAUGCGCCGUCUGUAAAGCGCGUAUGUGAGUUGCUAAUCGGCGGCGAGACAUUUGUUCAGUGAAAGGCGCUGAGAUAAAAUAGCUGUAUUUGCAGCUAUACGUGGAAUUUUGUUGCUUUUAUCGCAGUUAUGUCUACGAACGACUUUUAUUUAAGAUAUUACGUAGGACACAAAGGCAAAUUCGGUCACGAGUUUCUGGAGUUUGAAUUCAGGCCGGACGGAAAGCUAAGAUACGCGAACAACAGUAACUACAAAAAUGACGUCAUGAUCAGGAAAGAGGCAUACGUUCACAAGAGCGUGAUGGAGGAACUGAAGAGGAUCAUCGAUGACAGUGAAAUCACGAAGGAAGACGAUGCCUUGUGGCCUCCUCCUGAUAGGGUGGGCAGACAGGAACUGGAGAUUGUCAUCGGUGACGAACAUAUUUCAUUCACAACCUCCAAAAUUGGGUCUCUGAUUGAUGUCAACCAGUCUAAGGAUCCAGAAGGCCUCCGUGUGUUCUACUACCUGGUACAGGAUCUCAAGUGUCUCGUCUUCAGUCUCAUCGGCCUCCACUUUAAAAUCAAGCCGAUCUAAUUUCGACAGUUUCUACACACUGUUCAUUUAGUUUGUUUCUCUUUCAGCAUUUUGUACAGUAACUUCUGGCUUGUCUGCUGUUUUUCUUUUUUAAAUAAAACGUUGUCUAUUUCAA